CAAUAAUAAAAAAGUUUCAAAAUAAGCCAUUUAUAGUAACAUAAAAGGGAAGUAAUUAAAAAAAAAAUUAUUGUAAGCAUACCUGUCAAGUUUGACGCUUGAAUCGUGAUUCUCACGAGUUCAAGCUUCGAUCACGAUUUAACGAAUUUGGAGCAUUUUCUCACUCUUUCUGGGAAAUCGGACCAAAAAAAAUUAUGGACCACAUAAUUAUUUCAUCUAAUUUGCCAUCUGGCAUCGAUAUUUCAAGACAUGAUGAGAAGCCAAUAAACUAAAACACAUGUCAAGUGUCAUUUUCAAUAUGCUGAUUACGUGACCCCCUGCCGAAACAGUUCCUGGUCAGAUUUUUGCUUCUACCGAAGCUUCUCGAAAGCGAUUUGAACCAAUCAAAUUGAUGCGUUAAUUUCCGCAACACUACGAGCCAAUCGUAAAUCAUCGGUUUGACUGACUGGUUACUAUUUAAGUUAUUAGCGGAAGUUGAAUUGUGUGUAAAUUACUGUAACCAUUCGCGCUCUUGACCUUGACUUGUAAACACUAACUAAAAUGAAAACGCCGGAGAAAAAGAAGAAAAAUUACUCAUCAAAAUACAACGCAUGGGAACAGGAAUUUCCUUGGAUUAGCAAAGCAGACAACGGACUAGGUUUUGCUUUCUGCAAGUUAUGUAGGAGAACGUUUUCUGUCUCGCAUGCGGGCAAGAACGAUGUUAGAAAACACGGACAAACAUUAGUUCAUAGCAAAACAGAGAAGUCUGAACUUCACACAAGCAACGUCAGAAGCUACUUCGUCAGUGCAGAUGAGAAACCCGACGUUAUUAAUGCGGAAAUCAUCUGGGCACAGUUUGUGGCAGAGACAAACCUUCCGUUCAGUGUAUCGGACACAUUUAACAAGGCAGUGAAGGUCAUGUUUCCUGAUAGUGACAUUGCCAAGAAGUUCCAGUAAGGGAAAACUAAAACCACCCAGGUAAAAACUGAAACCAAACAUUAAUUUAAACAUACGUGUUUAUAUAUUAAUCAAACAGCAACGAAAUUUUAGUGACAUGUGUUCUUAUUUUAUUUUACCACAUAUUUAAAUACUGAAGAAUGCACUGUAACAAAACUGGUUGUUUCAGAUUGUUAAGGGUGCUUUGGAUCCAGAUGUCAGGAAGCCAGUGAUCGAAAAAAGCCAGAAACAGCCCUUUUCGUUGGCCAUAGACAAGAGUAAUGACAGGGGUGAUGACAAGCUUUUGGUAAUCUUGGUAUGGCUUUUCGACUGAAGUGGGUUGCUCGGUUACACGUCUGCUGGACAUGCCUGUCUGCAAUGUUGGGACAGGGGCUGCAAUCUUCAACACGUUGAAGACAGUACUAAGUGACAAUGACAUUCUGUGGAACAACUUGGUGGCGUUCACUAGUGACAACUGCAACACAAUGAUUGGGAAAAACAACUCGGUGCUCAGUCGUGUGCGUGAGAAAAAUCCCCAUGUGUAUGCCCAUGGAUGUGUUUGCCAUAUCGCCAACCUGUGUGCUUCUGCUGGUGUUAAAGCUCUCCCCAUCAGUGUUGAUGAGUUGCUGACUGACAUAUACUUCCAUUUUGAUCAGAGGUUUGUGAAACUG